UCUAAGUCAGAAGCCAAGACCACACAGUCCCUCUGCUUGGGGCUGCCAGGAAGGUCACCAGCACCCCAUACCUUUGGCAGAGAUGCGCCUGCAGGACCAGCAGCUGGCCAGGCAGCUCAUGAGGCUCCGUGGAGACAUCAACAAGCUGAAGAUCGAGCAGACGUGUCACCUGCACCAGCGGAUGCUCAACGACGCCACCUUCGAGCUGGAGGAGCGGGACGAGCUCGCUGACCUCUUCUGUGACUUCCCCCUCGUCAGCUCCUUCAGCCUCUCCACGCCCCUCAAGCUCAUCGGGGUCACCAAGAUGAAUAUCAACUCCCGCCGGUUCUCGCUGUGUUGAAAUGUGGGGGGGGGAGAAGAUGAGGGAGAAAGAGAGGGGGGACAGGGCUCUUUCUGGGAAAAAAAAAGGCCAAAGAGAAGCAGAAGGAAUAGGGGCAAACAGGGAAUCCACAGCUGGUCUUGGAGGCAGGAUAGAGCAGCAGACCUGGGCACUGAGCCGCUCGUUGAGCAGACAGGACCUGCAUGGGAGAAGCCUGGAGAGCAUCUGAGCCCAACACAUGCACUUAGCCUGCUCCUUGGCAAAGUCCCUUCUCCUUCUCUUCCCCACACAGUAACUAAGACACGGCUCAGUGUGGUUGGUGUUACUCAAAAAUCAAAGGAGGGGUCAAAGAUCAGCCACAGAGCCAAAUCCCUUUUCUCUUCCCCUGUACCUCCUCCCAGGCU